CUUGGCAUAACGUCGCACAACAAGGACCAACAGGUACCAACGCUGUAGUUUACAUGCCUGCGCUGUUAGGUGGUGAUUAUCGGAGAGUCACCGUGGCCUAAAUGUCACGUAGCCAUCAUCGUUUGAACGGUUUCCACUUCUUUGUUUGUACUUCAGAGUAAGAAGUCGUCGUAAGCACGCAUGAGGAACAACUCGUGAAGCCAUGUCGGACGACAACAGUCGUAAGUCGUCACGGGACAGCCUGGACCAGGACACCGGGGCGGCCGCCGCGCCUCCGCGGGCCAGCUCGCGAUGGCCUCUCCCCAGGCAGAUUCUGAAGAGUCAAGAGUCUACGGUCAGUGUCGGGUCGGGGACUUCCUCCUCCUCAGAAGACGUCAAUGAUCCCAUGAAGAAAUGGAGGAACAUGACCGAAAACCUCAAGGAACAAGAGGAGACAGGGGUGACCCCUUUGAUGAUUGCAGUGCGGGAGAACAAGUUGGUGGUAGCAGAGCGAUUACUUGAACUUGGAGCAAACCUGAAUGACAGGGCAAAGGUAAGAUAUUACUUACUGGACAAGUUUUCAUAUUAAGUUUGAAUUAUAUUUAGUUUGAAAUAUAAUAAAGUGGCAAGGUGGUCUUGUGGUUAGGGUUGUUGAGUCAUCAGAAUAUAGAUACCAGUAAGUGAAGGUUCUGGGUUCAAAUCCCUGGCAGGUCCCUCGGUGUUUGAUCACGACUGUCUCUGGUCACAACUUUUGAUAUCUUUGGUCACGACUUUUGAUAUCUUUGGUCACGACUCUCUUAAGCAUGCUGGCUGAGCUAACUUGACUGACAGCAACUUGACAUAUUGAUUAACAGCAACAUGUCUCUGUGUCAAAGAAGUCUUUGUCUGCUUAAAUUCCUAGCUCCUGUCAUCAUAACUCGAAAAGCACUCAGAGUACUCAGUUGUAAAAGGGAUGUUAGCACAAGAACACACCUGUUCUAAACAAGUUUAAGGAUUGCAAGUUCACACUCCUACACGCCAAUCUCAGAGUUUCUAUGUUCAAAUUGUAGUCAUGACUUGUCUGCUCUGUUGUCUGGCUCUAAUCUUCGCAAAAUGAAAGAGGAUGAAAGAGAUUCAGUGCUAAAUCUUCAUAACUUUCACAGUAUAAUGAUGAAACUCAAACAAUGAAUGUUCUGCAGGAAAUUUAGUUUUACUUCCUUAACUUUUUGUAUCCGUUAUCAACGGGUACGUUUUAUACCCUGUAUUGGUACUGUGAUUGAUGAUAAACCAAUGCAGUGUAAUUUGUAACUUUUUUGUUCCUCUGAUUGUGAUCACGCCCCAUGCAGUAAUGGACUUUGAAGUUCAGCCCAGGAGAGAUUAUCUCCACAGUCGUGACAUACCUGACAUAGUUAACCUUAUAGGUGAGGGUGUCUGCAGUAAUCCUAUUACUGAGCACACCUGAAUUAGUGUUCCCCUCAGACAGGUGGGCUCCAGGUAACAAAACACCUGAAAGAGAACAAUUCUUAGACUAUUUAGUUUGACUUGAAUACUGCAUUUUAUCAUGUGCUAAUCCCCACUACAAAGCAAGCUAUUGAAAAGAAAUCAAAAUGGUGUUUGUAUAAUAAUGUUACUGUAGAGCAAUAUCGAGAUAAAAUUUCAGGCCUAUUUUCAAGGU